GAGAUCCCGGUGUGUGCAAGGUGAGGACUGUGCCAGGUCCUAUGUAAUUCUCAAAUUCUAGUUAUAAAUGUCUCAUCCAUAAUUCCAGUGUUCACUUAAAAAAUACAAAAAAUAUAUUGAUAUUUUAAUCUACUGCAAAGAUUUUCAAGACUUUUUGUAUGCUUACAAGUUACCCAAGGAGUUUAUUGAAAAUGGAAUGUCUCAGAUUUACUCCCAAGGGUUGUUUUCAGAGUCUGCAUGCUUACCAUCCUGCAAGUGGUGGAGAAAGCUCUACUGGAGGAGCAUUAGCCUAUAGUUCUAGACUCAGAGGUCAGAAGUCCCCAAAAUGUUUUGUAGUUCUGAGUGCUAACCCAGCCAUGUGAAUGUGUAUUAAUGUACUUGAUCAUACUGAAUUACACCGUGCGUGUUUUACUCAGAACAUGUCUGCCUCUAUAAUAUUAAAGCAUCUGUCACAGUGAAACAUAAUUCUUCUAUAUGUUUAAUAGUCUCUGUGCGAAGCCUGGGAUUGGAGGACCUGACUUUAUUUUGGCCUUUUUAGAGUUGUCUCCCCUGAUCAUUUCGUGACCUUUUUAAUGUGCUGAUUAAUCUUCUCCCUUUCCCUUUUGUUCCAUAUAGAGAAAAAUGGUAAAGAAUCUACCUCAAUGGGAAUGUCAUCCUUACCAACUUUAGAUGGAUUUAAUCGCCCAGCCCGUUCUGCAGGCCAGAGUCCUGAGAUUGGUCAGCCCACGAGUCUUGCACCCUCUGUGUCUGCUCCAGACUGCCCUCUGGAGCCAGGGAACCCAGAUGGCAUCGAACCUAAAGCUGUGCCGGCUUGGGAAGCUUCAGCUGAGUUUCAGAUGAACUCUAAGAAUAAAGACCAUUUUCCUGUCCAGGAUCAUUCUGGGCAUGCUUCUUCAGCAGACCAGAGUUCAGUUAUGCCUGCACAGAAUUCAUCCGAAGCAGCAGCUGUUGGGAGAAAUCUGGAGGUAUCUGCUGAUACCCAGGGCCUCAGAUGUCAUCUCCACACACGACAGGAAGCUCAUUUGUCCCUCACAACUACCCGGACGUUUUUAGGUUCUAAGGGUUGGCAUCCAGAGAAUCAGAACCUUAGUCCAGUAAACGACCUCCAGCACCACCAGGAACCAGAGAAUCAACAGUUUGAGGUCGCACAUCAGAAUGCUCCAUGUGACAGGGGGAACCUUGAGCUUCCUGGGGAAAGGCAGCAGAAGCAAGAAGCUGCCAAUGUGGAAACCACGAUGAAAGGAGUUGAGCUGCAGCAGGUGGAUCUUCCAGAUACAGGGGAGAGUUUUCUACCUUCAGAAUGCUUUGGCCACUCAAAUUCAGAAACAAUUAUGGAAAUAGAUAUAGUUGAACAGUCCCUAGUUACUGUACUUAAUUCCACACACAGUCAGAAUGCCAAUGUCCGAAAUGUUAGUGCAUCUGAUCUUGCUUUAGAUAAUCCCUUGAUGGAAGUAGAGUUAUCAAAGUGUAACCCUUCAUCUGAAAUGCUGAAUAAUUCCUUUUCCAUUCAGGAUUUAGAGCCCCCAGAAGGUAAUGUUGAAAUGUCUGGAACACAUAAAGAAUGUGGGAGGUGUGCCCCCUCCUCCACUGUCUGUGACCACAGUCAACCCUCUUUGGAGUCCACAGAAGAAUCUUGUUCGUCUGUAACGACAGCCUUGAAAGAACUUCAUGAGCUUUUGGUCAUUAGUAGUAAGCCAGCUUCAGAAACUACAUUUGAAGAGGUUGUAUGUCAAUCAGAGAGAACAGCUGAAGGGCAAACGGGUAUUGAUGGCCUUUCUGAAAGAUGGACACAAAACGAGCAUCUUAGAUGCCAGGAUGAAGAGAGUCCACAAAUCUUGCAUGAGACCAUAUCUGUGUCAGGGAAGACAGAAAAAUUAACAGGCACUUCACCUGGUGCUGGAAUAGAAGAUAGAGAAAAUACUAACUUCCAGGGUCUAGGUGGUGGCCUGUCAGCUGAUGAAGGUGACCCCAAAUCUAGGAAAUCAGUAGGUGAGAACAGGUCUGUUACUUUAACCUCACCUGAAACGUUUACUCAGUUAGACUGCACCGCGAGUAUAGGAAUCACAGGUGAGGAGGAUACACCCAGUCAGACUUGCGAGCAAGCCAAGGCUUUGCCAUCCAGUUUUGUGUUGGUUAAAGACUUGUGUCAGGGCAUACAGAAUCCAAUAACAAACAGGCCUGAAACCAGAGAAAAUGUGUGUCCUGAAGCUGCAAGACCAGUUUUUGAUUUUGACUCACCUACCAGCCAUUCAUCAGCAGGUCCCGCCGUUCUUCCUCCAUUCGUUUUUCCUGCUGCGGAUAUUGACCGCAUUCUCCGUGCUGGCUUUACUUUGCAGGAAGCCCUUGGGGCUUUGCAUCGAGUGGGUGGAAAUGCUGACCUUGCACUUCUUGUUUUGCUAGCAAAGAACAUUGUAGUCCCCACCUAACUGUGGAAAGUGGGCUGAACCAUACUCCAUUCCCUGGAAAAAUGCUCUUUCUAUACACACAUGCACACACACACAGACACAUACUCUGUCUCCCCCGCUUUCACACUCACCACAUACACAAUAUAUGUAGAAACCUGCAAACAGAUUGUUGAGCCAGAUUUUUUUUUUAAGAUUUUUUUUCAGCCAAAGUAAUUUAUGCUCUCUGAUGAAUUUGUCUCUUCUACUUGUUAAAAUUUGAAUCUUUUUAAAUGUAUUGGCAGUAUGUGCAUACAGAAGCUUUUUAUUCUCAUUAAGAUGAUGUGUUCUGGAAUAAAAUGGAUGGUUUUGUGUAUAGCACACCAUUUUAGAAUGAGAGUGAAUGCUUUGAAAGGCAGAAGCCAUAAGAAAUCUCACCACGCAUGCAGCUGAAAACACCGCUUGUGUUUCUGUGCUGUAGGCAAGGUAUGACUUUUUGACUCAGUCACCUACUCUGAUGUUUGGAAUUAUAUCCAGUGUUCUGUGUAUUAUGAUUCAUCAAUUAUUGCAAGAAGUUGAACAAUAAUUGAAUAAUAUCUCCUAGCGUGAUUUUUUAAUUUGCUGCUUAGAAUUUUAACAGGGCGAGGGGGGGGCUUCAAUUUCAGGUACUUUUUGCAUCGUAGGCUGCCGCAUGGACUGAUUGCCAAAUACCUUUUUUUUAUCUUGAGUGGGGUAUCGUGGGGGAAUUAAUUUUAGAGUGAAACAUGGUGCUACCCUGAUUCAACAGGAGGAAGGGGGGAGACCUGUCGCUGCAUUCCCAAACUUCAAGAACUGUGAGUGAAAGAUAAUGGCCGAGACACUGAAAUUCAUUGGAGGAGACUGAGUUUGCUAACAUCUCACUGAGGACACCUCAAACCUUAAUGACUAAUAGUGAACUGAAGUUAAUUGCCAGCAGCUUAUUUGCUUUCCGAACUCAUCUAGGAAGUUCUUCACAAUCUCCCUGUGAGCUGUCACUGGAAGUGAAGCACUGAAGCAUGAUAGCCAUGUCACUGAUUCAUCUUGGUUUUUGUAAUGGCCAAUCCAUUUGGUGAGUGACCUUCAUGGCAGUGGAACUAGUUUUGGACUCAAGUGGCCUUGGUAGAGUUUUCUCAUCCCUUUUUUCCUCAGGAGUUUCUUUUUAAGCAAGAUUCAUCAUAUUUGUGUUUACCAUGUCAAGUUAGAGUGGGGCAUAAUGCAUAGUAUUUAUUGUGGCCUUUUUUUAUACAAGGACUAGCCCUUGGAAAUCCUUUGUCCUGGGGGCCCCACUGUGCAAUAAUCGUACUGGAUAGAUUUUAGGUGAUUUUUUCCUGAAAAAUAAACUCUCCUAGAUAGCUAGUAAAAAUCUGAAACCUGCGUUCUGAGAAUAGGAAUUUCUGAUUGCAGGUUAUAGUUUGCAGCAUAUCUGGAACAGACUUUGGAAGAGUGAUUUCUGAAUUUAAAUGAAUUUGUCUAAUUCAAGUCAUUGAGCACAGUUCCAACGGAGGCUCGUAUCUCAGGAGUUUGUGAAAUUUUUACUUUAGGCGCUCAUAGGAGCUUUUCUCUGUCACCCGUUCCAGUUUGUUUCUUUUUGUGUGAAUGUUGGCACGUGUGCUGUGAGAGACUUCAGUGUGUGACAGGAAGGCCCUUUAUUGUCACACGAAGUUAGGAACAGGUUGAGGGAAGGAGCUGCUGUUUUCUGCUUCCCAGAGCACGUUCAACAGCUCUGCUAGGUUGUCUUCAAAUGUUCUUUUAGACAAUCACCCGUGGGAGUCCCUUUUGCCUGUCCUACACCAAAGAUAGAAGGUGCGCUAGGAAACUACUUCUAGGAUUUCUGUCAACCGAUUCUUAGAACUGUGAUUGUAAUUAAGUAGUUGGUGCUAUGAUUGAAGCAAAGUCUAGUAGCAGUGCAGUGAGGCCCUGUGUUGGCUUCCUGGGUGGUGGUCUGGGUGUUUUGACCUUUUAUUUAAAAAAUAUGUAUAUUUGGAGUCGUGGGGUGGGGAGGGGUGGGCAGCUAGAGAAAAUUACCUGGGAGAGUGACUGCUCCCGAGGGGCCACCUGUGUGUACAGAGGCCUCACUGUGUGAGCAGAACAGACUUCGGCAUUCUGUUCGACAGCAUGACCAGAGUGUUCACAAAGUGGAGAAUUGGGAGGAAGUCCCAGUAUUGGUCUGGAGAAGAUUGCAUUACAAUAGCUUUUCAUGUGUUUAUCUGUGUUUUUUAGGAGAAAGUUGAAUAGGCCUUUAGUACACAUAUUCUUGAUAGGGAUACUAUGUGCUUAACCCAUUUGCCAUAUUUUCAUCUUUAUUUUUAAACUGUGUAAUUGCUUUUAAUUUUUAAAAUUUAAACUUUCUGUCAAUUUUUGUAAAAAUAAAGUUGACAUUGUUAGGAUUCUUAAUGACUGAAACUUAGCAGUUCUAGAACACAAAAUAUUAAGGAGCAUUAUACUAGUCACUGGUCAGUUUUAUUCAGCGAUUAGCACUUUAAGAUCUCCAGAAAUGCAGAAAUUACAGAUGAACUUCUAAGACGAGAUCAGAUCAAUUCCUGUUUGUCAAGAGACGUGGUAAGAGCCAGUCGUCACCAGUGCUGGACAACUCCGUCGCCAUAACCAGAAGUGGCAGUUCUGUGGUCAGCAUGCCCCACCACGAGGGCCUCUGUCAUCACUGAGGAGGGGGCGGGGAAGACUGGCCUGCAGUGUGUUCCUGUGAUCUCGGCUAUUCCUGGGCCAUUUGUGCUUUCCAGUGACACCUCACAGGCCUGUGCACAGCCAGUAACCUUCAGCCCUUCUCUGGGCAUUAGCCAUUAAUGUGAAGAAGAGCUGCUGACGGGGAAAGCUGGGUAGGUGUUAAGCAUGCAUAUUCCAACUCGUACUCCACCACCUGUGGCUCUUUCUAGAGCAUGAAACAAGAGACUUGGUGUCACUGAUUCUAGCACGAGUGAAUGUGCAGCCCUCCUGUCCUUCCCUGGCAAGUUUCCCCUCUAAUGAAAGCCAUGCACAAAUAUAGUCGGUUUAACUUGUUAGAUCAAAUCUAUAUAAACUCAUGUCUGCAUAAAUACAAGUGUUAAACUCAUACCUGUAGUUGAUGAGUCAUUUACACCUAAUUUUUCAUAGAUGAAAAGGUGAGACAUUUUUAUACCUGCAGACAUUAACAUCAUGGUGAUGUUUAUCCCACUGUAUCUGUAACGGAGUACCUUGCAGGAGAGUAGUUAACUGCGUUCUGCUGGGCUACCUGGUGAGGGUCUGUGGGGUAACCAUACCUCAGUACAUCAUAAGGGAAGCUAACCAAACUGGAAGUACCUGCCAAAAAGCCAAACUCCUCAGAAAUUACUGGCUUUGUAUAGAUGAUAACGAAAUCAAAAGUUUCUCUUCUUAGAAGGUGAAUGUUACCUUUCAUUUUCUGUCUAAAAAUAUAGCAAUGUCAGUUCCUCAUAACAAUAAAGCUUACUGCAAGACCGCCCUUGAGAACUGGAAAUGGGUUGUAGGCCUUGGUUGUUGCUCUAGUUGUGCGUAGGAAUCCAUUGAAUAAACUGAGGAACACGGGUGAACCUUUGAGGGACCUGCUUUUCUUUUGUGCCUUAUUUUCUCUGGCUAGCAGAGGUAUCAAAUUGUCAUGAGGAAUGGAAGUGGUGCUGUGUGUCAGGAGACGAUAGCCCUCCUGACAGGGGCAUGCAGAGUGGCCCUACAGAAGGUU